AUGUCAACUCCCGGUCAAGAGGAAGACAAGAAGCCCGGCGAUCAGUCGGUUCACAUCAAUCUCAAAGUCAAAGGCCAGGAUGGAAAUGAAGUUCUUUUCAGGAUUAAGAGAAGCACACAGCUAAAGAAGCUCAUGAAUGCCUAUUGUGAACGACAAUCGGUUGAUUUCAACUCAAUUGCCUUUCUGUUCGAUGGGCGUCGCCUCCGUGCAGAGCAGACUCCUGAUGAGCUCGAAAUGGAGGAUGGGGAUGAGAUAGAUGCUAUGCUGCAUCAGACUGGAGGUGCUGCUGCUGCUGCUGUUGCUGCGUAG